UGAUUUCUCUUUUUUCAGGAAUGAUUCAUUAGAUCUCAAGACUUCUGGGUGGUUGUUAUGAUACCUCAAGGCAGAGAAUAGUCCCUGCCUGAUUUUCGAUCGACUGCGGCUUCCUCCGCGAUUGCAUGAUGUCCGGAGCUUAUUGUGCCACCUUCCAACAAAUAAGAGUUCGUCAUGGCCUAGUGCGACGCUCUCUCCUGAUCAAUAAUCGAUUUUCUACGCUAGCGAAAUGUUCUCAUUUUGAAUCAGAAGCAAUAUCAAGUGCACAUUUCCGUGUGAAUUCGGAAAUUCUUACAGCUAGGCUUUCGUACGUCCGGAUUGGUGGUUUCCAUUCAUAUGCGCCCUUGUGUGGGGAUGAUAAACCGUCGUCAAAAUUAGAAAGCGCUGUCAAUGCCUUGAAAGAAGAAAAGAAGGAUAUUUCUGACGGAAAAGCUGGGCCGGCGUUGGAAGAUGAAAAGAAGCUUUCGAAACCUGGCGAAUUGGCUGCACCGCCGUCUGUACCUGCAACAGCUUUGAAGCCUUCAAUAUGGGAACGUAUUAAGAAAGAGGCCGCACAUUAUUACCACGGUUUCCGCCUUCUGUUCCUGAACGUGCGCGUGUGCAAAAAAUACGUGAAAAAAAUUUUACGAGGCGAAACGUUGUCACGGCGCGAGAAUCAGCAGCUUGUUCGGACAGUAUCUGAUCUGUUUCGGCUACUACCGUUCUCCAUCUUCAUAAUUGUUCCAUUCAUGGAACUCCUGCUUCCUGUAGCGCUGUGGCUCUUCCCCAACAUGUUGCCGUCUACAUUUGAGAGUCAAAAUGAGAAGGAAGAAAAGUUGAAGAAAACUUUUCGUAUCAAACUGAAGAUGGCGAAAUUUUUGCAAGUUACGCUGGAUGAAAUGGCUGCUGAAGCGAAAAGAAGUUCGCAUGAAACCUCCGAUAAAGCGAAGGAACUCGUGGAAUUUUUUCAGAGC